UUCCAGGGACAGGUAGGGCCUGGGAGAAGCUCAGCCAGUGACUGUUACCUGCCUGCUUUACAUACUGCAGGGGGAGACAGGGCAGUUCAAUCCUGUUUUCACUGAGAGUACUCCCUGCCUGGACCUCACACUGGGAGCUGUGACCAUGGGGACACACAGGGCUGGAGCAUUGUCUGGGUUUAUCCUGGGGACAGUGUUUAUUGCAGUUUCUGCCAUUACUGUUCAAAUAACAAAACCCGUUGUGGAAGCAGCAAGAGGAAAAGAUGCUACACUGCCCUGCACCUACCAGACUACUGCCACAGACAAAAUUGGUGCCAACGUUAUGUGGAAAAAGUUACCUGACCAGAAUGAAGUUGCCAGUGUUUUUUUUGGUUCUGUAAACACCACAGGUGACGAUUACAUAGGUCGUGUGGCAUUUACUGGAAAUGUCUACAGCAACGAUGCCACCCUUUUCAUUGAUAAACUAACGAUGAGUGACAAUGGCACCUAUCAAUGUGAGGUUACGAUCCCCAAAGAUCGCCAUGGAACCCCACUCGCUAAAAUGGAUCUUGUCGUCUUAGUUGCACCGUCCAAGCCAGAUUGUGGGAUUGAAGGAACGGCAGAAUAUGGGCAGGUGAUCAAACUGAAGUGUAACUCUAAGGAAGGUUCUCCCAUACCUAAUUAUGAAUGGAAAAGUUACUCUCCACAAGAUGCACCGAGAACACUGCCGCUAACUGCUGUAGUAGAGGGAGGCGAUCUAACAUUAAAAAAUAUUUCAAUGGAUACUUCUGGAUUCUUCAUCUGCACAUCUACCAACAAAAUAGGAUCAGAAUCCUGUAAUUUGACGCUAGCAGUCAUGCCACCUUCCAUGAACAUAGCUUUAUAUGCUGGAGUCAUAGGUGGCAGUGUUGCUGGUAUUAUCGCCAUUGGAGUAAUCGUCUAUUGUUGCUGCUGCAGAGACCGGGACGAUAAGGAAGACUACGAAAUGGCGGACAGAGAAGAUGAAGAAGGAGAAGAACAUCCCCAGCAGCAGACUAAAAGUUCACCACAAGCCCAGCAGUACCACAACGAUGAUGACAAUGAUGACCAUUUUGAAGAACGUAGACCGCCCAUGCCACCAGGAAAAAAACCUAAUUUAGUCAUCGAUCCUGUAGAUGCAUAGAGCAAAAGAAGAAGGGGGGG